AUGAAGACAUUGAAAGUAGCUAUUGAAGGCUGCUGCCAUGGCGAUUUAUAUAAAAUAUACAAAGAAAUUCCCGCGUCCACUGAGCUUCUACUAAUAUGUGGUGAUUUUCAAGCAUUACGCAAUACAUCAGAUUUUCAAGCGUUAAAUGUACCUGAGAAAUAUCGUCGUUUGGGUGAUUUUCAAUCCUACUAUACCGGCAAAAAUAAAGCACCAGUGCUCACUAUAUUCAUUGGUGGUAAUCAUGAGUCAUCAUCAUACUUGCAAGAGUUGAAAUACGGAGGAUGGGUUGCGCCUAAUAUAUAUUAUCUUGGUCAAUUCGGAAGUGUACACUACAAGGGACUUUCAGUUUGUGGAUGGAGUGGUAUAUACAGCCCGCAUACGUAUAUGAACCGAUCAUUCAACGUGGAAAAAUUGCCCUAUGAUCCGAGCUCCAUAAGGAGUGUCUACCAUCAGAAAUUGCCCAUUUUUUUGAAAAUGUACUUGAAGAGAGAUGUAGAUAUUGUUUUAAGUCACGAUUGGCCAGUUGGAAUCGAGCAAUAUGGUAAUAAGCAAAAAUUACUCAAGCAAAAACCAUACUUCACUCAAGAUAUCAAAAAAGGACAAUUAGGUAGCCCCUUGAAUAAGGUGUUGUUGCAUCAUCUAAAGCCAAGAUAUUGGUUUAGUGGACACCUUCAUGUCAAGUUUGAGGCUAAUGUUAACCACAAUAAGACAGAGCUGAAACCAGUCAGGAAUGUCAAUGAGAUAUCGUUAGAUAUGGAUAGCCUGGAUGGAGCUAGUGAUGAGGAGGAUCAACAGCAAAAGAAAAUAAAGCCAAAUGGUCAUGUAGGUCAUGAUACACAUUUCAUUGCAUUGGAUAAGUACGGGCCUCGUCGAUGCUACUUUGAAGUUAAAGAUGUACCAAUUUCGAAAAGCAAUAACUAUCUCUCACUGAACGAUGACGCAUUGUACUACGACAAACAAGCUAUAGCGAUAAAUCGGGUAAUUGAGAGGUAUAUAAUUGAUCAUAAAACUGAGUUUGAGCUGAUGAGUCCUAGGGAGGUAUUACGAAACCAAACACAAUUUGACAAGUUUAUCCCACUUGUUGAAAAGGAAUUGGAAGAAUUGAACCAAUUGAAUGAUGAACAAUUCAAAAUACCAAGGAAUUUUGGGGUUGUUGCACCUGCUGAUUAUGAUGGUGAAUUAAAGUAUUUCCCAAAUGAUCAAACAAAGGAGUAUUGUCAUAAAUUCGACAUACCUCCACCAAACCUCUAG